AUGGAUGCAGAGGAGUUGAUUGAAUCCAUCAUCAGAGCAUUCAUGUUUCUGGCAGGCAUCCUGGGAAACAACUGGCUGGCUAUUCGCUCCCUGCCCGGACGGAAAUCUGGAAUCCGCACCAACGAGGUCCUCUUCAUCAACCUGGCCGUCUCCAACCUCAUCACCAACUACCUGGUGGACCUGCCCGACACCAUGGCAGAUUUCGCUGGCCGUUGGUUCCUGGGGGAAACCUUCUGCGCCGUGUUUCGUUUCUGUGCCGACCUCUCCAAAACCAGCAGCAUCUUCUCGACCUUCUUCAUCAGCGCUUACUGGCACCAGAAGCUCGUGGGCUCCCUGAAGCGUGGCGGUGCACCGGUGCAGCUGGACAGCCUGUGCUUGGUGGGCUGUCUGCUGGCUGGCAGCUGGACGGUGGCAGUGGUCUUCAGCAUCCCACAUGUGUUCUUUGUAGCGGUCGAGGGCCGAAAUGAGAGCAAAGAAGACUGCGUGGACGUCUUCCCUAGCGCGAUAGCGAGGCAAACCUAUGAAAUCUUUUAUUUAACCCUGGCUAAUGCUCUUCCCGUCGCUGGGAUCGUAUUUGCCAGUGUCCAGAUUGUCAUCACUCUGCUCCGAAAUAAGCAGCGCAUACAGGGUCAUAGCUCUGACGCUACCAAGGAGAUGGUAAAGGAUGAAAGCAAGAGUACUGAAAGCAGAAAUGACGGAGUAGUCAGCACUGUAUCUGGUCCAGGCACCUCAAAUGAUCCAAAAGAUUCUGAAUCCCUAACCCACGUUUAUACGGGCGUGCCUGCUUCUUCAUGUCCACCUGAAGGGCUGUCAGGUCAAAGUUCUCCCUGCAACAAGGAAACAAACAGAGACAGCGGGGCAGGAGCUCCACCAAAUCCUCCCAAGCCCAGCCAGAUACGAGCAAAGCCGAGUCAGAGCUCAAACACUCAGGUGAGGGCGGCCAAGAGCGUGGUGGCUGUAGCCGUCGUGUUCCUGGUCUGCUGGCUCACUCAUCUGCUUCUGCGCAUCUCCAACAACAUCACCACCUCGCCGAUGGUGGUGGAGGUGGCCAGCUAUAUUGCAGCCUCCUACACCUGCAUCAUCCCCUACAUAUUCUUGUACGGAGUGAAAAAGCUUUCUUGCUCAUGCAAAAGGUAG